AUGACAUUGACAAAUAUUGCACAUCUGCGAACUAAAUUUCGUAUCUCAGUAUUUUUCUUUAAAAAUCCUUAUGUAUACGAAUAUUCUUCACAUAAAUCUAAGCUCCCCAAAUCAUAAUAAAGUUACCAAGUCAUGUGAAUGCUUGUGUUAUCGAUAAAUUACAGUUAAAUGUCUAGAAUGAAGAAGUUAACGGGUUCAUUCCGCUACACGCAAUGGGACCCGUGUCUCAUCGUGGCCCAGAUAGUGGCCAUCCAGUCCGUGCUGUACCUGACACUGAGUCUGCUCAUGGCUAUCAUGCAGGAUCUGACUGGAUCGACGAGGACUUUAGAUCAUAUCUUCGAAUAUCAUGAGCUGCACGUCCGAGACAGCGAGGGCCGCUCCGUUAUUAUAGCGUUUGUAAUAAAUGCCAUAUUUGGUGCGAUCACACUUUGGCUGCUCGUCGGGAGGACUAAGCUGUGCUUAGACUUCAGCUGCACAUACCACUUCAUCCACCUCUUCAUCUGCUGGUGCUACAACGGGGCGUUCCCGGUGACCUUCUCCUGGUGGACCCUGAACGUGGUCUGUGCGGCCGUCACCUGCGUCACUGGCGAGGUCCUGUGUCUGCGGACAGAGCUGCAGGCCAUACCCCUCAGCAUGGGCUCUAAGGUGGACUUAUGAGUUGGGAAGUUGUUAUAAGUUCAACAGUUAUAGGGUUUGUUAAGGCAGCGCGUGUGUGACACCCGUGAAAGUGUUUUAUAUGGUAGAUACUAAAAAUACUACUCGAUUUGCCAGUUAACCCUUUUCCAGGCAUAGUACGAUUUAUCGACCACAUUACGCGCCAACAGAAUUUCAACUUUAGCAUUCCGAUUUAAGGUUCAAAUUAGAUUACACUUUCGGGAAAUAUGACUUGUCUUCAAAUGGAUCAUCAAAGCUGAACUAAUUGAAAUAUAUUUGGAUUUUUUGGGAAAACCUUGUAGAUUGGUGCGGCCUGGAAAAGGGUUAAAAUUCAAGUUGUGGCAUUUUUUUACAAUUUUGUACUGUAGCUAUCAUUUUAGGAUCCAUAGAAUGAGGUAACCACUUACUUUCAGGCGCGUUGUAUUGCUUGUUUGCGACCGGUGUGACAAAAAAUAAUACUUGGAAAUAAAAGAUUCUAAAUGCCCUUACCGGGAUUCGAACCCGGGACCAUCGGCUUCAUAGGCACCAUUGAAGUGGAAGUGCUGAUGAAGCCCAUAAAGUUAUGCUGUUUGACCGUUUUUGUGAAGUCUGAGAGCCUACC